AUGACACCUCCGUCAUCGGAUGAAGCCUCGCAAACACAUGCGGAUCAAAAGGACAUGCUGGACAAGGUAAACACGUUCAAUGGCAGCACAAAUCACCUGGAAGACCCCAAUGAUGCUGCCUACGACGACUCAAUUGAAGACACGGCGCCGUCACGAGCAGUAUGGCUCAUCACCUUUACCGUGGCCAUGGGCGGCUUCCUUUUUGGUUACGACACGGGAUAUAUAUCCGCAGUGUUAGUUACGAUAGGCGCCGACCUCGGCCACAAGCUCUCAUCCAAGGAGCAAGAGCUCAUCACCUCCCUCACAUCUGGCGGGGCACUCAUCGGCGCGCUCAUCGCCGGUCUCCCUGCCGACAAGUACGGUCGUAAGCUUGGCAUCUAUAUUGGAUGCGCCCUAUUCCUCGCUGGGUCGGUGAUCCAGGCUGCCGCAUUUCACGUUGCGCAAAUGGCUGUGGGUCGCUUUGUAGUCGGGCUGGGAGUUGGCUCCGCGGCCAUGAUCGUGCCCCUGUACAUUGGUGAAAUCGCCCCCGCCAAGUAUCGCGGUCGCAUGAUUGCGUUUGACAAUAUGAGCGUCACCCUCGGUCAGCUUGUGUCCUACGGCCUCGGCGCCGCCUUCACGGACGUGUCCCACGGCUGGCGAUAUAUGGUCGCUGUCGGCGGUGUUCCCCCCAUCGUUUUGGCGGCGCUUCUGCCGUUUUGCCCCGAGUCUCCCAGACAACUGAUUGCUCAUGGGCACAUGGACGAAGCGAACCGGGUCAUCGCCAAAGUGUAUCCCUUCGCCACGGAUGAGCAGGUGAAGGCCAAGACAAAUCACAUUCUAUGCACUAUCCGCGCGGAAUCCAUGGCCGAGAAGAGCCUUUGGUGGCAGUUCAAGCAGCUCCAUUGCGUGCCGUCCAACUUGAGAGCGCUCAUCGCGGCGUGCGGUGCCAUGGCUAUCUCCCAGCUCGGAGGCUUCAAUACGCUCAUGUACUAUUCCGGCACCUUGUUUGCCUUGGUCGGCUUUGACAAACCUACCUUGGUUUCGUUGGUCGUGGGGGCGACCAACUUCGUCUUCACUCUUUUCAACAUGUUCAUCAUCGACAAGGUGGGCCGGCGAAGGAUUCUGAACUGCACUGUCAUUGGCAUGUCGUUUAGCAUGGCUUUGACGGCCGUUGCAUUCCACUUUAUCCCCGUAUCGAAAGACCUGGUGCUGGAAGCAAAGUCUGUCAACUGGGCUGGGACUCUGGUCCUCGCCAUGAUCAUCAUCUACAUUGGAUUCUACGCCAGCGGCGUUGCAACAAUAGGAUGGAUCGGGACUGAGCUUCUGCCCACCGAAGUGCGCGCUCUGGGCACUACCAUGAACACCAUCACAUGCUGGGGCUGCAACCUCAUCAUCGCGUCUACCUUUCUUUCCAUGAUGAAGGGCCUGACACCGAGCGGCGCGUUCGGCUUCUAUGCGGGCAUCUGCUUCUUUGGUUGGGUGUUUCUUCUCUGCUGCUAUCCUGAAGUCAAGGGACUCGCGCUCGAGGACGUCAGGCAGGUGUUUGCGGAUGGCUUUGGUGUCCGGAAGGCCGCUGCGAUGCAAAAGGAACUCAAAGCCGCGCGCAGGCAGACGAUUGUUUGAGCACGUAGUAGUGGAGGAGGACAUGCGUUCGGCAUUGCGGUGCUGAAUCUGGACAUAAUUCUCAAUGGUAUUCACGUACUUGAGAGAGAUUGGGCACAUGCUGAAGUGCAUGGCUGUUGCAGCUUGUAAACGCCCUUAUAAAAACCCAGUCUAGCCCAGAGCGCCGUAUAUCCAUCCAAAGGCACAAUCCUUGUUUUAAUCGCACAGAUCAUGUAUGAUAGCAACUUCCCCACGGUUCCCAGCAGC